AUGUCUCUCGUCGGAAAAGUCGCUCUCAUCACCGGUGCUUCCAAAGGAAUCGGCCGAGCCACAGCAAUACGCCUCGCCAAGGAUGGAGCCAACGUGGUAGUUGGAUAUAACUCGCACCCCGAAGCAGCCAACGAGGUUGUGAAUCAGAUUGGGACGGACAAAGCGAUUGCAAUCCAAGCCGAUGCAGGAGACGUGGGCGAAAUUAGAUCUCUCGUUGAUCAAACGAUCCAUCGUUUUGGCAAGAUUGAUAUUCUUGUCCCCUGCGCGGGCAUUAUGACUUUGGCUACACUUGACGAAACGACCGAGGAGGCAUACGACAAGAUGUUCGCCCUAAAUGUCAAAGGACCUUAUUUCCUAUGCCAGAAAGCUGCUCCGCAUAUGGGCACUGGGUCGCAUAUCGUCCUCUUGUCUACAACACUAUGUGCUGCCUCGACUGUCACACCUGUUUACUUACCCUAUGUCACAACCAAGGGCGCAGUUGAGCAGAUGACUAGGGUCAUGUCUAAGGAUGUUGCCCGCAAAGGAAUUAGUGUCAAUUGUGUGGCUCCCGGUCCUACUGCCACGGACUUGUUUUUGCGGAAUCAGUCCGAGCAGACGCUGAACUUUUUGAAAAAUCUCAAUCCUAAUGGUAGGAUUGGAGAUACCGAGGAUAUUGCAGAUAGCAUUGCAUUUUUGUGUAGUAGUGAUAGCCGCUGGGUGACUGGGCAGACACUUCGAGUGAAUGGGGGAAUGGCAUAG